UGACACGGAUGUUGCAGAGUCUCUGUGGUGUUCUCGUACCAUGGUCUCCGCCGCCUGUCGGUGCGGCUCCAAGGUUCUUUCUAAGGCACUUUCACACUCAGAUGCUCACCCGAAGCAAAGGCAAGAAAGACAAAACUAUGAGAACCUUUAUUUCCGGCAUUUUUCCGUGUUUUACGUUAGCUGUGCUAGCAUGUGGAGGUGUUUAUAACUGCUCGUUUGGGUCGUAGCAUGUUUGAUUACUUUGUCUUUUUGUCGUACAAAGAAAUUGAACUGGGGUCAGAUUAAUUAAUUUGCAGUCCCUGCGUUAAAUCAACCGUAUUCUGUUUCAGAUACGUUCCGGUUUGUUGUGUUAUGUGGAUGGUUUGUUUCUUUUUUUCCCCAAUUCUCGCGAGAACUGUCACGCAGCAUAGCGUUGACGACGGGGUUGCCGUAGUUACAGAGCUACACUGCUUUCAGCUUCUUUUUUACUCAUUAGAACAUAAUUGACCACAACUUCACCCAGUGACAGAUAAAUGAACCGUAUUUUGUUUAAGAUAAGUUCCGUUUUUUUGUGUUGUGUGUAUGGUUUAUUUUAGUUUUUCCCCAAUUCUCGCGAGAACUGUCAUGCAGCAUAGCGGUGACGAAGGAGUUGCCAUAGUUACAGAGCUACGCUGCUUUCAGCUUCUUUUUUAUUCAUUAGAACAUAAUUGACCACAACUUCACCCAGUGACAGAUAAAUGAACCGUAUUUUGUUAAAGAUACGUUUCGGUUUUUGUGUAUGUGAAUGGUUAGUUUCUUUUUUCCAAUUCUCGCGAGAACUGAGACGCAGCAUAAUGGUGGCGAAGGAGUUGCCAUAGUUACAGAGCUACGCUGUUUUCAGCUUCUUUUUCAUUCAUUAGAACAUAAUUGACCAAAACUUCACCCAGUGUCAGAUAUACAGGAAGUGAAAUGAGCUGUCGAAGUUAAUGCGUGUUAGUUUUCCGUUGUGUGUUCAUGUAUUUGUCCUGAUUUGGGGGGAGGAGCUAAUUUGGCGCAAUUUCCAGCGCGGGAGAUUCCAUUCAAAGAGCCGAACACCCGCCAGAUCUGCAGUAGAAGCUUUAGUGUUCGGAUCCUGCGCUAGAGGUCUGCUCCUGGGUCUGUGGGUCAGCUGCUAGUUAGUGCUCCGUCGGUACCAUUGGUUUAUUUAAUGAUCAGUAGUUUAGUUAACUAGUGUAAAGGUGUUUAAUAGUAAAAGAACAACAUUGUGCCGACAUGCCCGUCCUAGAGGUUACAGACGCUUCUGCAGUUUCUCCAUCGAAGAGGCCGAGGACAGAAGGAAGACCUGCAGAGGAAAGGCCUGUCCUCAGGUUCGCCAAACUGUCAGAGUAUGCAACGGCCCCCACCAGAGGAUCAGCCAAAGCUGCAGGAUAUGACCUGUACAGUGCCUACGAUUACUCCAUUGGACCUAUGGACAAGGCCAUAGUGAAGACAGACAUCCAGAUAGCAGUUCCACACGGCUGCUAUGGGAGAGUAGCGCCCAGAUCUGGACUGGCAGCGAAGCACUUCAUCGACGUUGGCGCUGGAGUCGUGGAUGAAGAUUACAGGGGCAACGUAGGAGUCGUACUCUUUAACUUUGGAAAGGAGACGUUUGAAGUGAAAAAGGGCGACCGAGUGGCUCAGCUGGUGUGUGAGAGGAUCUGUUAUCCAGACCUGGAGGAGCAGGAGACACUGGAUGAGACUGAACGUGGCGCUGGAGGCUUUGGAUCCACUGGACGCAACUGAAACCUCAGAGAAGUGAAUAUUGUAUCCGAUACUUGACCUGCUAAUAAAGUAUUCUUUUGUACU